AUGUCUUCACACCACAAGCUCCGCUCUUACCUUGUUUCUUCAGCAGAGCUCAGUUCGGCUCUGAAGCUCAAUGCCAGCAAGCUUUCGCAUGAACCUCGCAUCAUCCCUCUCUGCGCAUCCUGGUUUCUUCCCAAUGACGACCGCAAUGGCUACGAGACCUUCCUUGCACAGCACAUCCCUCAUUCUCAGUUCUUCGAUCUAGAUGCCAUCAAGGACAUCCACUCGCCAUACCCGCACAUGCUUCCCUCUGCUUCAGAGUUCGCCGACGCAAUGAGACAGCUGGGUAUUCGUCGAGAUGACAGCGUAGUCGUGUACGAUACCAAAGAGCUAGGUAUCUUCUCUGCUCCACGCGUAGGCUGGACGUUGCAAGUCUUUGGCCAUCCAAAGGUGCACGUGCUCAACAACUUUCGCAAGUGGGUCGAGGAGGGCUACCCUACGGAGAGUGGAGAGCCUAAAACGCCCGAGAGGUCUGAGUACGAGGUACCACAGCUGGAGGAAAGCAAGGUUGUGGCUUUUGAAGAGGUCAAGGAGAUUGCCAAGGAGCUUGGUAAAGAAGGUGCAGAUGAGGUGCAGAUACUGGAUGCGAGGAGCCUGGGCAGGUGGAAGGGCGUCGACCCAGAGCCCAGAGAAGGUCUAUCGUCCGGACACAUUCCCUACUCCAUCUCUGUGCCAAUCACGGAUCUCCUUGACCCCAACGACAAAACCUUUCUCCCUGCCCCCAAGCUCAAGGCUGUCUUCGAAUCCAAGGGCAUCAAGCCUGAAUUGCCCAUCAUCAGCAGCUGCGGUACGGGUGUCACCGCAGCCAUCAUCGAUGCUGCACUGACUGAAGCCGGAUACCCAACACAACAAAGGCGCUUGUACGACGGCAGUUGGACUGAGUGGGCACAGCGCGUCAAGCCUGGUGAGGGUCUGAUCCGCAAGUCAGAGUAGAUGAUUUGAGUACUGGAGUUGAUGUGAUACAUGACCAGUUUUCCUGGAGAGGCUCGAACCCAUUUCUUCCAUGUGUAAAUAGCUUUUUUAGUUAAUC